AUGAGUUCCUUUCCGGAAUCGUAUCUGCCCUCCCUCAUGGAGAUCGUCCGGGCAGAUCCAUCAGCUGUGAACCGCGUAAACCCGAUUUGCGGAAUUUGCACAGAGCCAAUGACUGUGGAUGAAGACGUUCCAAACGUUAACCUGAUUCCAUAUUAUCGAAAGAUUGAGAAGAUUCCCCAUGCGGCGUAUGUCCUCCCCUGUGGACACAUCUUCGGUCUUUCAUGUGCUGAUGCUCUUCUGGAUCAUGAUGAAGAGCAUCAGAAGCAGCAUAAAUGUCCAACUUGCCGAUUUGUGCUUUCUUGCUCCAACUGCUGGGACAAGGAUACAGCAGGAGGUCACAACAAGGGCGUUCUUCUCAGUCUCUCCCAAGACAAGCGUGGGAGGAUGCUGGAAGUCCUUGACGCAGUAUUGAAACUGCCUACCAGCUGCCUUCCAUGUUUUAUGGUUGGCAUCGUCAAGAAAGCACAGGAUCUUCCGCCUGGUAUAGAAACCGUCAUUCCAGAUCUUCUGAAGCAGAAGGUCGAUAUCUCAUGCGAGAGAGACAAUGAAGGUUGGAAAAUCGCGAGGCUCCAUUUGAAGGGCAUUAAGUCGCGACUCUAUGCUAGAGAGUUCGUCGGGCGACUUUCUAUUGAGACUGAGUAUCUCAGACGCCAUCAGAUUGACCCUCAGCUGCGCGACAGAAUCGAGAACGCUCUCAACAUGUACAUGAAAGUUUUUGAUGUGUUUUCCCUGGAACCUGAGAACGAUUGCAUUUGGGUAAAGUACUCUCAGGUUGAGGGAAUCAUCAAGUUUCAUCAUUUCCCCUUGAUGAACCGUCACAACUUUGUAGAGGUAGUCCGUCACACCCUUGACCCUACCAAGACUUGA